CACCACCACCACCACCACCGAGGAGAAAACCUCCGUUGAGAACCGAUGGUGCCAACUGCAGGGCACAGUCCAGGCGACGGUCCUGGCCGUCCUCGGUCGUGCACGUCGCCAACACGAGGACUACUUCGAUGAAAACGACACCGCCAUCAGCAACCUGCUCGUCGAGAAUAACCGUCUGCACAAAGCCUACGUCAACCGUCCCAACGACGACAACAAAGCAGCCUACUACCGUAGUCGUCGCCUCGCUCAACAGCGAUUGCGCGAGAUGCAAGACGGCUGGACGGCUCGCAAGGCUGAUGAGGUCCAAGGGCACGCGGAUCGCAACGAAGGGAAGGAUUUUUUCUCUGCGAUCAAAGCCGUCCACGAUCCGCCAAACAAAUCAGCUGCAGCACCGCCAACUGAAUCAACCGCACCUAUUCUCGGCUUCGACGACAGUGCCCUCCUCACCGAGAAGACACAAAUACGACAGCGAUGGGCCGAGAUCUUCCGAGGCGUCCUCAACAGCCCCUCCACCAUUUCCGACGCCGCCAUCGCCCGUCUGCCUCAGGUGGAGACCAACGUCGAACUCGACCUCCCGCCCUCUAUGCACGAAACCAUCAAGAGACAAUCUGGCGUGCAUACGUACGCUUUCGAUAAAUUCUCAUCAGGGCUGUACGUUUGUAUUGCUGGUAUUACCGACAAAGACAAGGAAGACUGA